GAUUGAAACCAACCCUAAGCUCCUUUUAUCUCUGCUCUAAAGGUAGCCCUGAUUAUUGCUGACUUAAGCAUCAGAGUGUUUACCCCGAGUUCAGCCUCGAGGCUUUGCAGGUUAAUCCAGAGUGCGGACGCGGACUGAGGAAGGACUUCUGGUUUGGUGCAAUUACAUUUGGCGCCGUCUGUGGGAAAUCGAACUGAAAGCUCCCUUGUUGCUCUCAUCAUGGUUAACACUCGAUUAGUUCGUGUUGGAAACUCAUCUCAGCCUCUUGGAUGAGGUCAGGUCCCUAGCAACCUUCCACCUCACCUCCCACCUCCGAUCCCAACUACGUUCCUUCUUGGUGAUCAUGCAGAAGGAGGAGAUGAAAACCAACCACAUAACUCAACUCACAACUUAGCUUCUGCUGCCAAAUAAGACGUAGUUGUAGCUCAGCUUGUUGCCAUGCAACAACAGUUUGGUGUCUUUCAGCUAGUACUGGCUCAGCUCUUAGCCCGGAACAACCCUGGUGAUCCCCUCAUCAAUUUACUUAACCCUACUCCACAACCCCCACCUCCACAACAAAACCCUGAACCAGUUCAGCAUGCUUCUGCUCUUAGUGAAUCUCAGGGUCAGUCUCACAUAGCACCAGCUCAACAACCCCUCCCUAAUGAUGUCACUCAACGUAAUGCUCGAACCUGGUAUUACAGUCUGCCCCCGAGGUUAAUCAGCUUUUAUACAGAAAUGACAUCUACUUUUGCCACAAAGUUUUCCAGUAGAAGGUUGAUUAGGAAAACUACUUCUGAGUUGAUGCGAGUUAAACAGAGGGAUGGAGAAUCUUUGAAGAAUUUUAUGAGCAGAUUCAAUGAUGCGGUACUGGAAGUUAGCUCCUUCGACCAGGCUGUAGGAAUUGCAGCUAACCCAAUUCCCCCUAAGAACCAAAACCUAGACUGGAGGGAGGAGAAUUCGAGUAGGAAACGGAUGCGGCCAGAACAAAACCGAGGUCCGAUGUCGACCUCCACACCAAGAUUCGGAAGGCCGAACUUAGCACCCCCACAACAGUCUACAGGUAAACCCCCAGUUGCUUGGACCCCUUUUAACUUGCCAAUGUCACAGAUUUUCAUGCAGAUUAAGAACAAGAUGGAUUUAAGGCGUCCGGGUCCAAUGAGAACUGCUGCUGCUAGCCGAGACCAUACUAUAUAUUGUGAUUUUCAUCAAGAUCACGGUCAUACAACAGAGCAGUGCAACAGCCUGAGAGAACAGGGGAUACAGCCCCAAGGAGUAGGGCAUCAACAAGGAAUCCGUAAUCCACCAAACAGACAAGGAGUAGGGCAUCCACAAGCCCAACCUCCACUUCCACCACUAGCUAGAAUUAUACACAUGAUUACAGGAGGAUUGGAAGCCGGGGGGAUGAGCUCCAAGCAAAGGAAGUUAUAUGUCAGAGAGGUCAAGCACCAGAACCGAGCUCAGAAAAGGAAAUUUGAUGAUGCUGACUGGAAAGAUCAACCGAUCACUUUUGCAAUUGCUGAUUUUGAAGGGGUGAUGCCUUCCUCUUUCAACGUUGUCAUUAACCGACCCACAUUAACGGAGAUCCAAGCUGUGAUCUCUCAAUCUCAUCUCUGCAUGAAGUUUCUAACCCCCAUAGGAAUUGCAACACUCAGAGGUAACCAGGAAGUGGCCAGACACUGCUAUCUCACUUCGGUUACAAGACCACAGAAAAACAAGGAUCAACCAGUAGAGAACCCGCCAUCGGAACCCAUGAUAAUCGACAAAGAUGUUUUUGCAUGGACCUCAGCAGACAUGCCGAGAAUUCCCACCUCGGUAUCGCAACACAAACUCAACACUAAUCCACUCAAGAAACUAGUGGCUCAGAAGCGACGCCUCUUUUGGGGGGAGGGGUUAAAGGUCAUCAAAGAAGAAGUUGAAAAGCUCUUACAAGCUGGCUUCGUCAGACGGGUCGAUUACUGUGAAUGGAUCACCAAUCUUGUGUUGGUGAAGAAGGCGAAUGGCAAAUGGCGGAUGUGUAUCGAUUACACUAACCUCAACCAAGCAUGUCCAAAAGACUGUUACCCAUUGCCAAACAUCAAUAAGCUGGUUGAGGUAGCUUCUGGAAACGAGAGAUUAAGCCUCUUGGAUGCAUAUUCUGACUACCACCAGGUUCCAAUGGCUCUUGAGGAUGAAGAAAAAACAUCGUUCUAUGCUAGUGAUGAAAUCUAUUGUUAUGUGAUGAUGCCCUUCGGCUUGAAGAACGUAGGUGCCACUUACCAGAAGAUGGUUACCAUCGUGUUCCGAGCUCAAAUAGGCCGGAAUCUGGAAGUUUAUAUUGAUGACAUAGUGGUGAAGAGUUUGAAAGCUGAAGAUCAUUUAAUUGACCUCGAGGAGACAUUCAACAAUCUCAGAAAGAACAGAAUGAGGUUGAACCUAGCAAAAUGCAUCUUCGGUGUGGAGUUUGGAAAAUUUCUAGGUUUCAUGGUGUCUAGAAGGGGAAUUGAGGUUAACCCUGAGAAGAUCAAUGCAAUGGCCGAGAUGGAACCAUUGAAGUCAAUAAAAGAUAUCAUGAGAUUGGCAGCCCAAAAGGAUGAAUCUGGUAAACAAAAGAAGUUCGAAUGGAAUUCAGAAUGCCAAGCUGCAUUUGACGAGCUGAAGUCUUAUCUUAGCUCACCCCCUUUGCUGACAAAAGCCAAUGAUGGAGAAAUCCUUUACUUGUACCUCAGCAUAUCAGAUGAAGCCAUCAGUUCUGUGCUAGUGAGGGAAGAGGGGAAGCAGCAGAAGCCAGUUUAUUACACCAGUAGUGUGUUACACGGAGCGAAAAUGAGAUACUCUAUUGCUGAGAAAGCAGCCUUAGCCGUUGUCACCUUGGCCAGGAAACUAAGACCAUAUUUCCAGUUGCACCCAAUCAUAAGGUCAACAAUCCGAGCUCAGGCUCUUGCUGAUUUUAUAGUAGAAUGCACCUCGGCUCACACUAAUUCUCAACCCGAGCUGGACAGUUGGAUUUUGUAUGUUGAUGGAGCAUCUAGUAGUAAGGGUUCAAGACUUGGUGCAAUCCUCCUCAGCCCCGAAGGGUACCGAAGUGAACACGCUUUGAAAUUCAAUUUUGAUGCCACUAACAACAUGGCUGAAUAUGAGGCUCUGCUACUUGGCUUACAAUUAGCCAUCGAACUGAAAGUUACAUUAAUACAAGUAUACAGUGAUUCACAGCUAGUAGUCAAUCAGGUCAACUCAGUCUGUGAAGUGGUUGAUCCUAUUAUGAUAAAGUAUGCAAUUCUGGUGGCCGAGCUGAAAUCUAAAUUCCAGAAAUUCCAUUUGAGCAAAAUACCUCGGGCUGAAAAUGAGCAAGCAGACUCCCUCUCCAAAUUUGUUUCUUAUGGCAACCAAAGCUCCAGAUCGAUCGUUGUUGAAAUUCUAGACGAGCCUAGCUUCUUAAAGCCAAAGAUAAUGGAGAUCAGCACAGAUCCUAGUACACCAAGCUAGACAGAUCCAAUUAUCUCAUUUUUACGAGAUGGCAUAGUGCCUACGGAUAAGCAAGAAGAAAUGAGGUUGAGGAAAAAAGCAUCUCGAUACACCCUUGUUAAUGAAGUCCUCUAUAAGAGAUCUUUCUCACUCCCUCUACUCUGCUGCUUGAACCUUUAUGAGGCUGAAUACGCACUUCGGGAGGUGCAUGAAGGUGUCUGUGGAAGUCACAUUGGCGCUUGAACUUUGGCUCAUAAAGUCCUUAGACAAGGAUAUUACUGGCCCAACAUGUAUAAAGAUGCUACCCAGUU